AUGAGCAGUCGUUACCAGCAGUCGCUGCCUUUUUUAUCAAUGCCUCACAGGGAUUUAGUGUCUUGGAACACCAUGAUCUCUGCAUAUGCCUACAAUGGGUAUAUCAACGAGAUGGUUCAGGUGUUUGAUGCCAUGCCCAAGAGAGAUAUGAUCUCUUGGACGGUGGUUUUAACGUUGCAUGCGAAUAAUAGAAAUUUUGACAUCUUUGAGAAAAUGCCAGAAAGAGAUCUAGCUGCUUGGAACUGUAUCCUGAAUUCAUAUUCCCAAAGUGGGUAUCCCGCAGGAGGCAAGAGUGCCAUGCUGAAACAUGGUAACAUGGACCGCGAUGCUGGCAGCAUGUGUGCACGCUGGCAGCAUCUUCAUGCCCGAGGACAUCUUUCAAAAAAUGCCAUUCAAGAAUCCAGUCGCAUGCAACACCACGCAUGCAACACCAUGCUAGAUAUGCCCACGCUGGCAAAGUUGAGCAGAAGCAAGGUCAUGUUUAAUGCAAUGGUGGAGAAGGACGUAAUUUCUUGGACUAUAAUGCUUGCUGGCUAUGGCCUUAGUGGCCAGAGUUUAUUUGCAAGAAAAACUUUUGCCCAGAUGCCAGGGAAGAAUGAAGUUUCUUGGGAUGCAAUGCUCAGUGCAUGUACCCAAGCAGGGGAUUCGGUUUCUAUGUUUGAGUUGUUUCACACUAUGCAGAUGGCCGGCAUUUACAACCAAGUUGGAUUUGCCUCCGCUCUCAAUGCUCACGGCCAAGUUGGCAGUGUUAAAUGUGCUAGAAGUUGUUUUGGUUCAAUGGCUUUUGAUUGUGGCAUUCAGCCAUGUCACCAGCAUUACUCCUGCAUAAUCGAUGGCUUAGCAAGAGCUGGUUACAUUGACAAUGCAAGAGAACUCAUCGAAAACAUGCCAUUUGUUCCCACUUCUUUGGAUUGGCUGUGCCUUUUAGCUGCAUGUCGGAGCCUCAAGUGUGGAACCUGUGUAUCAAAAUGGGUGUCUGGAAUUGCGAGCAGCAGAGCUAUGUAUCCUCUCCUGGCAAAUCAGGCGAAUGAUGAUCCGCCUGAGGGAAUGUGUACUAACAGAGCAAAUAUUCCUUUGCGCCACGAUGCUCACACGAAGCUCUUCCUAGCGGUGGAGAUGGAACGCGAUGCCCUCGUCAAGGCAACGUGGGGCUGCCUUCUUUGCAAUCGACACUCCAGCCGACUCGAUCCAACGCCUUGGACUCCUCCAAAUCGUGCGGUGCUUCGGUAUCCGGCCUAG